UAGAUAGAUAGAUAGAUAGAUAGAUAGAUAGAUAGAUAGAUAGAUAGAUAGAUAGAUAGAUAGAGGUAGGGGGAGAGAGAGAGAGAGAGAGACUUGGUCAGUGUCAUAUUGCUGUAAAGAGACACCAUGACUGAAACAACUAUUAUAAAUAAUUGAUGGCUUGCUUACAAUUUUAGAGGUUUAGUCCAUUAUCAUCAUUGUGGGAAGCAUGGUGGCACACAGGCAGAAAUGGUGCUGGAAAGUAGCGGAGAGCUACGUCCUGAUCAACUGGUUGAGAGAGAGACUCUGGGUUUGACAUGGGCUUUUGAAACCUUAAAGUCCAUUCCCAGUGAUACACUUCCUCUGACAAGGUCACAUCUACUUCAACAAGGACACACCUCCUAAUUCUUAAGUACUGGCAUUCCUCGAUGACUAAACAUUUAAAUAUAUGGAGGCUAUUCUUUUUUAUUAAUUUAUUUAUUUUCCAUCCUUAUCACAGUUUCCCCUCUCUCCCCUCCUCCUAGCCCUCCCUCUCACCUCACCUACCAUCCUCUAGUCCUCCCUUUUUCCUCAGAAGAGGCUCAGAAAAAGGGAGGCCUCCCAUAGAUAUCAACUCAGAUGGGGGCCAUUCUUAUUCAAACCACCACAGGUAGGUAGCUGGGUAGGACCUACAGCUAAUCCAGUAGAAACCUCACUGACCACAAUUAAUAACAGAGAAAGGAAAUCUAAAAUAGCAUAAAGAGGUCAAUAUGAGCCAUAAACCUUACUCAAACCUGACCCAGGUCACAGAAUAACAUUGCUCUUAUUUCAAUGGGAAGUUGCUGGGACACUUAGGUCUCAUCAGUGCUAAACUGUCUCGCCUAGAAAAGGUCUUCCUCACUCACCUGGUGCAUCUCAACCUGGUACACUGAAGUCUCCAGGGGCCAUUUUGAACAUCCUAAAAACUCUGCAUCUCAAAGAAAAUCAGUAAGCUGCCCUGGGAGUGGAGCCUGAAAACUCAUUUCUUUUAGAGCCUCCGGAGGGUGCAAGAUGCAGCCAAGCUUUAGAAACAGUGGACAAAGUGCCAGCUCAACACACCCUGCUUGUCCCUGCCUCUCAGCCUUCUCUUCUCCUUCCUUCCAAUCUGCUCAUGAUUUUACCACCUUCCUCCAUGUUACUUUUCCAGGGCCUCUAAUGUCUCUCCUGGGAUUAGAAAUUCCUUCCUUUCCUCUCUUAUUCCUAUGCUAUUCAAACUGUCUAAUAAGCUGAGGUAGCCUAGCACCAAAGCUGACAGCUCAUUGACAGAAAACUUGGCACUUAAAUUUUAUAUAUUUAUAUUCUAGCAACUCCUGGAAAGGAACUUGCAUUAAACGAAUUAUAAAUUCAUAUCUAUUUUGUGGCUGCACUAUAGGGUUGGACAAUUAUCUUUGGACAAGUUUAGAACAAAAUCGCUGUAGAUAAUAAAAAUAAAUAAAUGCCAACUUUUUGGUUUGAUUCCAUUUUGGCUAAGCAAGUAGUCAAUCGGAUGGAUUUCAGCCCAACUGCAGCCUCAGGGGAGGUGCUCCCAUUAGGAUCCAGAUAUCUUCAAGGCCUACCUCAAAGCGUACCAUACCAAGUUUGGCAGGGAAGACAGGAAUUAUACCUCAGGCAAGCAGAUGAGCCAGGGUAGGCGCAUAAUCACAGUUUUGUUGGGGACUGGGGUGGGAGGUUCAUACCUCAAACCCUACCUGGGCUGCAGCAUGAGGUCAAAGGCUAUCUGUUUGACCUAGAGAGACCCUAUCUCAAAACUGAACUGAAGAAAGUCUGGGGGAAUAAGGAUGUCGUCGAGCCAUGAAGUGCUUGUCCAGCUCACGAGGAACUUCAGGUUCAAGCUGCAAUAAUAUAAAAUAAAAACCAAAAAGACAGCCAAGAGAAGAGAUUCUUGCCACAGGACCUAUUUCCUGGAUAACCAGGUUUAGUGAGUUGAGAAUAGAAACCUUCCCGUUAUGUCUGAGCUGGGGGUGAGGGGGCCAGAAGGGCUGAAAGCAGCCCUAAGGACACCACCAUCUAGACCAAAAAUCUCCUUUAGUGCUUCUCUCAACCUUGUCAUUCAGAAGCCGUUCCUUCCAUCCAAGGACGAAGCACGCCAGCAUCCCGUAUCCUCCUACAGCCAUCUAAAUGAGCAGUUCUCAACCAGGCAUGGAGGAACUGGUGGACCAGGGGCUGGUGAAAGCCCUGGGCAUCUCCAACUUCAACCACUUCCAGAUUGAAAGGCUCCUGAACAAGCCUGGACUGAAACAUAAGCCAGUGACCAACCAGGUCGAAUGCCACCCCUACCUGACUCAGGAAAAAUUGAUCCAAUACUGUCACUCCAAGGGCAUCACCGUCACAGCCUAUAGCCCUCUGGGCUCCCCAGACAGACCUCAAGCUAAGCCAGGGGACCCUGUAAUACUGGAGAUUCCCAAGAUUAAAGAAAUUGCUGCAAAGCAUAAGAAAACGGCAGCACAGGUUCUGAUUCGGUUCCACAUCCAGAGGAAUGUGGUGGUGAUCCCUAAGUCUGUGACACCCUCCCGCAUAGAGGAGAACAUUCAGGUCUUUGACUUCCAGUUGAGUGAUGAGGAGAUGGCCACCAUCCUUAGUUUCAACAGAAACUGGAGGGCCUGUAACCUGUUUGCGGCAAGCCAUAGUGAGGACUUCCCUUUCCACGCAGAAUACUGAAGCUGAAUCACCUGAUAAGUUUGCCUGGUGGACCUCUUCACUGAUGUGCAACUCACUCCUCCUGAGUCCUAUUUUUUCUUUGCUACACCCAUCAGAUGCCAUACUGAGCCAGCCACGAUAGGGCAAUUCUGCAUUUAAAUUCUCAUGUUCAACUAGAAGCAGACUGUCACAGGGAAAUGUGACUCAGCAAAGGACAACGGCUUUCACUAAUUUGCUCUGGCCAAAUGUUUGUCAAACACCAGGACCACUAGCAACACUGAGGAUAAAAAGAAUAAGUAUUUUGUUAUACUCAGGUCUUAAGGUCCCCAAAGACCACCAGGAGCAAGAGCAAAGAGCUUUAUUCGAGCUUAAGUUCAGUCUCUCCACAGUCACCAAUGCAGCGGAUUAGAGAGGAGAGCCCCAAGAAGCUGCACAGUAGGGUUUUUAUUGGGGUUUAACAGUUACAUGAUUGGGUGACCAAGGGCAUAACCAACCAAUCACUUGGUUACAAAGUGAUUGCCUAACUAACAUAACAUUGAGCGAGCUAUCUAUAGGCCUUGGGAAUGUUAGGUAUUUUCUGUGCCAUUAAAUGUUCUACUACAGCGUGGGCUGCUUAGCACAAAUGUCUCACCCUGAGAUAAGAUAACUUCCCAUUCCUGUGGUUAUCCUCAGACUGUUCCUUGGGUAGAGAAUCUUAUGACCUUGUUGCUGGAAUUGGUAACCUAUGGCCUAGUUCCUGGUGACCUUGGGGUGGGGUCAUUAGUUCCUGGUUACUUUUGGAUGAUCUUGUUUAAGGCUAGUUCCUGGUGACCUUUGGGGGUGUCAGGAUCGGUUCGCUCAAUUUCACAACAGAAAUGAGAAAAGGAGCUAAUACCUAUCCAAGGUCAGCUAAACCUCAACACCAGAGAUAAAUGAAAGAGAAAAAUACAAGUCUGGGACUAAAAACCAAACAAAAAAGAGUUAGUACAAUGCCAAUAAAGAAAUGCUGUGAGAAUCAACAUGAGCUAGAAGCAGCUUUGUAUACUUUCCACCCUAGUAAGGGAACCCAAGAUGGAAUGUUAUAUUCACCUUAGGAGAAUCUGACCCCUGUGUACCAACAGCACAAAUGAUCUUGAAGCCAUCUCUUUGCUUUCUUAUAUUCCCUGACUCACAAAUGAUGUAUUUAAAAUUCUCUCACUAUCUAAAAGUUAUAAAUACAUAACACCUAACUCA